UCGUUGCUAGCCCAACAAAGUAAAGUCCUCAAUAAAUUGUUAGUCAGGUGGACGCGGCGGUGGUCGGAGCACAACCACAGCAAAAGAGUUCUUUCCGUUACAUAAAACCCCCCACACACUCUCUCUAGACUCCUCUCUCUCUCUCUAAACCCACACGCAAACACGUCUAUUUUUUUGUAGUGAAGCCAUGAGUUAUGAUGGUAGAGUGGAAGUGGAGAGAGCGUUUAUAGGAGCAGGAUGCAACAGAGUCGUCAACAACGUUUCAUGGGGGGCCUGUGAUCUGGUCGCCUUCGGUGCCCAAAACGCAGUUGCCAUUUUCUGCCCUAAGACUGCUCAAAUAUUGACUACACUUCCGGGUCACAAGGCUUCUGUGAAUUGCACUCAGUGGCUUCCAAAUAGCAAGUUCGCAUUCAAAGCUCAACAGUUGGAGCAGCAUUUGUUACUGUCUGGAGAUGCUGAUGGUGUCAUUAUUUUGUGGGAAUUAUCUCUUGCAGACAAAAAGUGGAGAUAUGUGUUACAAGUACCACAACCACACGAGAAAGGCGUUACAUGCAUUAAUGGAAUUAUGGUUUCCCAGACUGAUGCAAUUUUUGCAUCUACAUCAUCUGAUGGUACAGUUUGUUUAUGGGAAGUGGUCUUUCCUUCUAUUUCUGGAGGUGACUGUAAAUUGUCUUGUUUGGAAUCUCUCUAUGUUGGUUCAAAACCUAUGGUGGCACUUUCACUAGCAGAGUUGCCUGGAAAUACGGGUUACCUAGUCCUUGCAAUGGGGGGAUUGGAUAACAAAAUUCAUCUUUACUGUGGUGAGAGGACGGGAAAGUUUGUUCGUGCUUGUGAGUUAAAAGGGCAUACUGAUUGGCUUCGAAGUUUGGACCUAUCAUUACCUAUAUGGACAAAUGGUGAAGCAAAUAGUCUUCUUCUAGUAAGUUCAUCUCAAGACAGAAGUAUACGCAUUUGGAAGAUGGCUUUACGUAAUUCUCCAGCUAAUUCUAUAAGGAAGGAAAAAAUAAGCUUGGCUUCUUAUAUUGAUGGUCCUGUUCUUGUAGCUGGCUCAUCCUCCUAUCAGAUAUCUUUGGAAUCUCUCCUCAUUGGACACGAUGAUUGGGUGUAUUCGGUGGAGUGGCAACCCCCUACAAACUCAUCUAUAGAGGGUAUUGCAUGCUAUCAACCUCAAAGCAUUUUAUCUGCGUCCAUGGACAAGACAAUGAUGAUCUGGCAACCUGAAAAGAACACUGGCAUCUGGGUGAAUGUGGUUACUGUGGGGGAGUUAAGUCACUGUGCUUUAGGGUUUUAUGGUGGGCAUUGGAGCCCAAAUGGUGAUUCAAUUUUGGCUCAUGGAUAUGGUGGAUCUUUUCAUCUCUGGAGAAAUGUCGGUGUUGACUUUGAUCAUUGGAAACCCCAGAAAGUUCCCUCUGGGCACUUUGCAGUGGUAACAGAUAUCGUGUGGGCUAAGUCUGGUGAAUAUGUGCUGUCAGUCAGUCAUGACCAGACAACUAGAAUUUCUGCUCCAUGGGUUAAAGAACCUGGUCUGGAAAAUGCGGACUCUUGGUGUGAAAUUGCUCGCCCUCAAGUUCAUGGUCAUGAUAUUAACUGUGUGACAAUCAUCAAAGGAAAGGGGAACGAUCGUUUUGUGAGUGGGGCUGAGGAGAAAGUUGCCAGAGUAUUUGAAGCUCCUCUAUCUUUUCUGAAGACAUUAAAUCAUGCUUCCUCACAGAUGUCUAGCUUCACUGAAGACAUGCAAGUUGAUGUUCAGAUUCUGGGUGCAAAUAUGUCUGCUCUUGGGCUAUCACAGAAACCGAUUUAUCUUCAGGCUGUGCAUGAAACCCCAGGCAGUAAUGGUAAUGAAGGUCUGGAUACCCUCGAAACUAUUCCAGAUGCAGUUCCUGUUGAAUUAACUGAACCCCCCAUUGAGGAACAACUAGCAUGGCAUACACUAUGGCCGGAAUCACACAAACUUUACGGUCAUGGAAAUGAGCUGUUCUCUUUAUGUUGCAACCAUGAGGGAAAGCUUGUUGCUUCAUCCUGUAAGGCUCAAUCAACAUCAGUGGCUGAAAUAUGGUUAUGGCAAGUGGGUUCAUGGAAGGCAGUUGGUCGCUUGCAAUCUCACAGCUUAACGGUGACACAGAUGGAAUUCUCUCAUGAUGAUAAAUUUCUUUUGGCCGUCUCAAGAGAUCGCCAUUUUUCGGUUUUCUCAAUCGAACAAACAGGUAUUGACGGAGUUUGUUACCAGCUUGUAACAAGGCAGGAGGCACACAAAAGAAUAAUAUGGUCCUGUUCAUGGAACCCAUUUGGGCAUGAAUUCGCCACAGGUUCCAGGGACAAAACUGUAAAGAUCUGGGCCAUAGAGAAGGGAUCUUCAGUUAAGCAGCUCAUGAUUCUUCCACAGUUUAGCAGUAGUGUCAUGGCGCUAUCUUGGACCGGUAUUGAUCUUCAAAGGAAUGAUGGGCUUCUCGCUGUUGGAAUGGAAAAUGGACUCAUUGAAUUGUGGAAUGUUUCUGUCAGAAGAAAUGAAGAUGGUAGCAUAGCAGUGCCAGGAGCAACUGCUGCCCUUUCUUUGCGGUUGGAUCCAUUGACAUGCCAUGUUUCGGCUGUGAACCGUUUGGCAUGGAGAAAUUCCGAGAAAAAACAGGAUUCCAGGAGCAUGCAACUUGCUUCGUGUGGAGCUGAUCAUUGUGUAAGAGUGUUUGAGGUAAAUUUUGCUUAAACUAUGACCAGAUAAUUUUGUAUAUUCGACCGAGUUAAUUUAGUGAGAAAUUUCAUUUUCACACAGACUAAUUUUUUUCCUCUUAUUUAUUUAUUUAUUUUAUUUUCGUUUCCUUUAUUUGUUUUUGGGGACUGUCAGUUGACAAAAAUCACUUUAUACAUACAAUGGUGAUGGCCGCCUUUAUCAUAAGAUAAUUGGCUCUUAUAAAGAUGAAGCGUAUUGUAUAAUUCAUUUAGAUACUAAGAUGUUCAAUUGAAUUUCAAGUUGUGUAAUGAAGAAAUCAGAUAUUGCAUCAUUGAAAAUUUUAAAUUA